GCCGGUACCUCAGCAGCCCUCAGCCACUGACCUGGUUCGCCGCGCGUCUGCCGCCCCUCGCUGGGCGGAGGGUUAGGCCCGCGGGGACUGGGAGGUGAGAAGGUUUUAGGCGACCGCUUGCCCCGCCGUGACAAGGGGCGGUGGCUCUCGGUGCGUCGGCCCCCGGCUGGCCGCGAGUCGCGGUGGAGGCGCCGGAGCGGGUCCUGUCACAUGAUGCGGUUCCUGGAAAGUUCCUGGAAAGCAGCCUUUCAGACUGCCCCAGCACAGCCUCGACGCUUCUCCUCGGCGGCGGGUGCUGUGCUCCCCGCUGCUGCCGGCAGCGACAACAACCUGAGCACCCUACCUCCAGGCGGAGACAGCGGCGAUCCCAACCCCGUCCGGCCGAGCCUGGGCGGCGCCCGGGCCGGGGGCCGGGGCCAUGCACCCAUCGCAGCGUUGAGCACCGCGGCGGCGAAGCGGAGCCUUUUCCCUGCACGCAGCCCCCGACCUGCGUGUGAGCGGGGCCGCGCCCGCCUUCGCCGCCGCCCCCCAUGACCCUGCGCUCCGCCGAGUCCCUGGAGAGCACUGAGGGCUCCCGGGCGCGCUGGGGACACCCAGGGACGGCGGCGCCUGUUGCGGAGGAGUUCUGUGAGGCGGCGCAGCUGGCCGCCGCUAUGGAGGAGCUGCGGCGGGCAGGGUGGUACUGGGGCAACAUGACUGUUGCUGAAGCUAAAGAGAGAUUACACGAUGCUCCCGAAGGGACCUUCUUGGUUAGGGAUAGUUCACAUUCAGAGUAUCUAUUGACUAUUUCGGUAAAAACAUCAGCAGGACCAACCAAUCUACGUAUAGAAUAUCAAGAUGGCAAGUUUAGACUGGACUCUAUCACGUGUGUCAGAUCUAGACUUAAGCAGUUCAACAGCGUUGUGCAUUUGAUUGAGUACUAUGUUCUUAUGUGCAAGAACAGAACAGAAACACCUUCAAAUGGAACAGUUCAUCUUUACUUGAACAAGCCUCUCUAUACAUCCACUCCAUCUCUGCAACACCGCUGCAGGAUAACUAUAAACAAAUGUACAAAUCAGAUCUGGGAGCUGCCAUUACCAACAAGACUAAAAGAGUACUUGAAAGAGUACCAGUACCAGGUAUAAAUAUAUUUUCUAAAUGCCUGUAAAGUAGAGUAACUUCUAAAUGCAAUUCUUAAAAUCAGCCAAAGAACUGAGUAACCAGUUGAACAAAUCGGCAUGGAAUUCACUAUCAAAACAGUGGCAGUUCUGGGAGAAAGGUUUUAAUUUCAGAUGCCACAAAGGGAGACUUUAUGUAGAAUAAUCUCAGCUUGCAUCCUCGGGGGUUCAACAAGGUGACAUGCUAUUCUUGCAAGGAGAGAGAAGCCAAGAAUCUGUCCAGAUUGUGUUGCUUUGUCAAUGGCAUAAAAUACUGCACUAAUUAUCAAAUGCUGACCGAAGUAGUGGGACUGUGAGAGACUGCAGAAGUGGUCAAAGAUGUAUGAGAGUGCAUAAGUAUCUCAGUUGUCUGAUUCCAUGUUUAAUUUGGUGCUGGUGUUCAUAUAAUCCUGAAAGCUUAACUGGAUCAUGCAGUGGUAAUCUUGCCAAAGUUACGCAAUUAAUCAAAUUCGGUCAAAAAAUUGAUCUUGUAUUCAGUCUUAUUGAGCUAUAAUUCUCCUGCUUUUCUGCAAGCAAAGGAGCACUGCAAGUAAGAAUUUCAAAACAUAGUUUUUCAAAGUUCUCUAAAAGCUGACUUUAAGGAAAAAUGCCACAUCUUUCAUAGGAACCCAGUAUGUUGUGAAUUAUGCCAGAUUGGUGUCCCAGAAUUUUCAACAUGGUUAACAUCUUCCCAGUGGUGAUAUAUCCAUGUUAUUACUAGUAAGCCUGUUUGCUUGAGGCUUUAGGACUGUAUGCUGCAGACUUGCAGUUACUCAGUUCCGAUUUCAAAACAUGGAUAUCAGCAGUUACAGCUGUCUUCUACAGUGUAGAACAUUUUCUUCAGCUUGUUUCCCAAAAUGUGGGGAAGUAUGUUUGGGUUUUUUUAGGGGGUUGGGGCUUUGUUUUUUCUAAUUCACCAUUGUAGUUAUCAGACUAUUACUCAAUAAAGUAAAUCAAAUUG